AUGCUCCAGCUAUGUAUAUCUAGGUUGGGAAAUCAAAAUCAUGAACGACCUGACCUCCGAGUUGGGCAGAAUAAAACGAGCAUUCAAGAGCGUCGAGAAAAGAGGAUCAGGAACACCCGACUCCGUGCUCACCUCUGCAACACCACUGUUCUUCCUGUUUUGACCUACGCUUCAGAAACGUGGGCGUUUUGCAAGCAGGAGGAAAGUGCGAUCAGCGUCAUAGAACGCGAAAUUGAAAUGGUGAUGCUAGGAGUAACCCGUUUUACGCAAGUGAAGGAACGGUUCGAAGUUCACUCCUACGUCACCGAUCGAAGAUCAAAGACACUGCCGCAUAUGCCAAGGAGAGCAAAAUUAGGUGCGUCGGGACGUGAUGCGUUUCAACGACAAUCGUUGGACCAGAGCCGUAGGCGACUGGAUACCAUGCGACAUCAAACGCAUCACAGGAAGACCGAUGGUCAGACUUCUUCACAAAGUCCUUCAAAGAAAAGUACGACGCUUUUUGAGUCCCUCGCAAGAAGAGAUGCCGCUGGACAACACUUGCGCGCGAUCGGGAGAAAUGGAAGUAUUACUGGUGCCCUCUCAAGCAAAUCGAUGAACAACGGGAGCAUUUAUGAUACAGGCUACGCAGGAGGGGUGAAAGCUUUGGUAGGGCGGAUUCGAAUCUGCUAA